UCACAGCUGAUUUCCGGCCCCGCCCCCUUCCCCGGCCCGCGCCGCCCGAGAGUCAGUUCGCUGCGGCCCGCGGUCCCCAGUCUCGGCGCGCGCGAUGGCGCAUGCGGCCCCGCCGAGCGCGCUGGAGCAGGGCGGCCCCAUCCGCGUGGAACACGACCGCCAACGCCGCCAGUUCUCCGUGCGCCUCAACGGAUGUCAUGACCGGGCUGUCCUGCUCUAUGAGUAUGUGGGCAAGCGGAUCGUAGACCUGCAGCACACAGAGGUCCCAGAUGCUUACCGUGGGCGUGGCAUUGCCAAGCACCUGGCCAAGGCUGCCUUGGACUUCGUGGUGGAGGAAGACCUGAAGGCCCAUCUCACCUGCUGGUACAUCCAGAAGUACGUCAAGGAGAACCCCCUGCCACAGUACCUGGAGCGCCUACAGCCAUGACCCUGGCCACUGUGUGCAGGAGUGCACCCUGUGGGCCUUCCACGUGGGCCUCAGCCAGCUCAUGUGCUCUCAGGAACCUGUUCCCAUGGGGACAGGCUCAGAGUUAUUUUUGCAAGGACACUCAUCCGCAGCCCUCAUCCAGGAUUCUGGGGACCAGCUGCUGGCUGAGGAUGUGUGGAUAUCCAGAGUGGGAUGAAGGGCAGGCCAAGUGGCCGAGGCCCUCCUCCUGCCAGCUGCACAUCCCCUCUAGCCUGGCUACUGGGUCCCUGCUCAGAUCAGCAAGAGGGUGAGGUCGAGUCCCUGGCACCACCUCCUGGAGCUGUGUCCUUUCUGCAAAUGAGGAGGGUGUUCCUGGAGCCAAGAAGAACAACAGGAACCCUAUGUGCCAGCUUCCCAAGGUGGGGGUGCCAAGCCUUAGCCGCUGCCAGUGCUAACCCUUUCUCUUUCUCAGACUUCUGUGCCGUGGCACAGGCAGUGGAGUGGCAGCAGAGGGCAGCCGAUCCUGGUGUGUGAGAGAGCUCUGGCCCAGGCCCAUCCGUGGGCAUGCACACCAACACACGAGCACAGAGACAGGGCAAGUGACAGUGAACACCUUCCUCUCUUUGGUUACCCACACUGUUUGGCUUCUCGUGUGGGUUCUACAAGGAAACAAGGUCCCUGUCUGAGGGUCUGCCUUCCCGUGGAUCCAUCUGCUGGAGCCAGUUCCGAGGAUAGUGUGGGUCUGCCGAGCAGUGCAGUCCCUUGGCCCUCUCUGGCCUUCCAGCUGCACUGCCAGGCCUUUCUUGUGGGUCACUUUGGAGAAGGGUGGGAGAGUGGCACACAAAAUCCAUUUUAUAUCUUCUCUUGUGCUCCUGGCUUCUGGUUAUCUCCCCAUGGCUGCUUAGGCCACUCCAGACACCUUCCUACUCUUCAGGAGUGCUGACAUCUGGACCAGGAGGCCAUACUUCCCGCCUGGGAAUCCUUAAGCUUGGAAUCCUGAGCCUCACUCACCACUGCAGUCAUGGGCAUGGAUCCUUAUGGUCCCCACCCUCAGCAUCUCCCUACCUCCUGCACCCCUGGCUCUUACCCUGUUCUUGUUGCCCCUUUUCUACCCUCCUAGAAUUCCAGGAUAACUCAGCAUACCUCCCCUGCCCUUCUCUGUCUGCCAGGGACUCUUUUCAGGGUCCAGACAAACCCUGAGCCUCUAGGAAGACAUUGCUGUCAGUAUUCUGCCAGCUGUGGUGGCAGUGUGUCUACAACACAAUACUUGAAUGAGGGUCCUGAGUCAUGUGGACCCAAGAAGAGUGGCUGGGCUUCCUGAGUGGACUUGUUUCGAGUCCCUGCAGGUGGCCUGAGCAGUCUCGCUGCCUUGGCAACUUUAAAGUUCCACUGCCCGUGCCCAGAGGCUUCCCACCUUGCGGUGUAGCAAUAACCAUAUCUCUGCCUCUUCCUCUUGGCCAAUACUGCCCAACUGGGCCACUCUGGUGCUACCCCAUCUGCCUUCCCACCCUACCCCCAACACUGGCUCCAUGUCCCAGCUCACUCCAGGAGCCACGUGGUUAGGCACUGGUCACUCUAGGUUUGUGUUCCUUCAGUAGGUCUGUGCUGCAGUCAGAUCUCACCUGGGAUUUCUCUUCCUUGCCCAGUCUACACAGGCAGUAACUCAUGUGCCUUUCUACUCUGAACCUGCCACCAGUAGUACCUGGGCCAAGGCUGGUCUUGGGACCUACAUCCCCCUCACUUUUCUGACUUUUGAACACGUUGCAUGAUCCUGUUGGUAACUAAUAAAAGACUGAGGCACAGCGAGGUCAGGGAGCCCCAGAGUGAAGGAAUAAGGGGAAAUAGAUUGUGUAGGAGGCAGUCCUCCCUGGUGUCCAGCCUGUUUCUUGGUCCUCAGUACUACCUGCAUAGUGGGACAGCCCCACUUGAGGGGAGUCUAGGCUCUGAAGGCUGCCAUGGCCUGACUGAGGUCUCCCAGCACAAUAGUGGUAAUUAGCAUCAGGAUCCCAGCCCAGGUCUGGAUAACUUUGCCAUCUUCGUCCCUUCUCCUUGCCUAGGCAGCAGCUUUACAGGGAUUCCUAGAAGAGGUCAUGGUGCCACACUAGCCUCUGACACAAGCUGCUGCUCUUUGCCCUGAAGUUGGUCAUUUGUCGAUUCCUGGCCCAACAUUGGUAAAUAGGGAAUCUGCUCAUGUGAGCACCUCCUUAGUGGGACCUAACCCACAGACUUGGGUAGCUAGUGAACUGAGAAAGAGGCACAGCAGUUGCAGCUCCUUGUGGUUUACCCCCACUUUAGUUCUCAUGGAAAUCCCCAGAGACACCAGUUAUUAGGCCUGUUUUGCAGAUGAAGGGACAGGGACAGAUUGAAGGGAUAACCAGCCUGCAACCCACACAGCUAGACAGCCCAGGAUCCAAAACUAGUCCCUGUCCCCUAGAUGGUUCCUAGCUCAUGUAUUAUGGUCAGAUGUCUACUUUGGGAGACAAAUGACAUCAGUAAUACAUAGAUAAAAUUUUUAGCAAUUCCCUUAUUCCUUUGAAGGACUGAGAUAGGGCUCUGUCUUGAAUUAUAAGGUACAUGGCCAAUAUCCAGAAGUCUGGCUUGAGAACAGGAACACUCCCCUGGAGCACCAGGCCACUCACCUAUUGUUCCUCAGAUCAGGACUUGGGCUGGUUCGAGACCUCCCACAAGUCCUUUUACUCAGGGUCCUACUUCCAGCUCAAUGCCCUAUGUUUCAUACACGAGAUCCCGCGAGGCUGGCAGUUGACUUUUAACUGCAACCUCUAGGAUCACAUUUAGGGGUUUCAGCUGUGUCCUAUGGCUUCAAGAUAUUAAAGAUGCUUUUCUGGUUGUCAGA